AUGAGUCGAACAUAUAAAGGAUCGAGGAACAUCGCUCCAUUGGAUACUAUGUUGCCCACACCUCCCUCGACUUCUAUGAAAGUCAAGAGCCCCGUAGACAGUGAGGGAUUCCAACUUCCUGGCCCGUUGCUCGAAAACAAAUCGUCGCCAGAGUUACCAUCACGUCGAUCUACUACCCAACCUAAACGUAGGAAUCACUCUGAUAUCGAGCGCCGUCGCCGCGUAAAGAUCAAUGGCAAGUACGAUGAGUUGCGCCAGCUCGUGCCGUCGUGUGCAGGAUUUCGAUUCGCAAAGCGUGGUGGAGAUUCAGGACUUCACAAACUUGACAUUCUUUGUGAAGCUGUGGAAUAUAUCAAACAGCUACAGAGCCAGGUUGACGAUGCCCAUACCAAGAAGAUGCACUAUGCUGUGCCGUCUUCCGUGGCCAGUGAAACCGCGGUCUUGCGUGCACCAGACGUCACCCGACCAAUACUUAAUACCCAACUCCCUAGUCCUCAGCUCAUUGCCCUGGCUUCCGAGGCUGAAAAGCUAGCCCCGCUCCCAGUCUCUGGGUCCCAACGCUCUAGUAUCGCGAAUCUUCUCAAUUAA